AUGGCGUGUGCUGGGCCAGGGUCGCGUCCGGACCCAAGGCCUCAACCAAAACCAACACCUCACAAUUUAAGGACUAAGGACACUUUUUCAUCAGCUAUCCUUCAAGUCCAGCCUCCAGUUUUACUGCCCCUCCUUCUUCUGCUUGCUGCCUUUGCGGACCUGGGUGUUGCUGGUCCACCGCAACCAGCUUGCCCCCCUCUCCUGUCUGGACAGCCUUUCAUCAUCUUCUGGGGAAUCCCUGACUCUUCCUGCUCUGGUCGGCCAGAUCCUAGAUAUUUUGGGAUGGAACGGGAGGGCCGUGUGGCCGUCUUUUAUGAGGACAAACUGGGGAAUUACCCUUAUUUUAUAGACAAAGACACACCGGUCAAUGGGGGGCUACCACAGCACACACGGCUGGACAACCAUCUCCAGAAGACACAGCAGGACUUGGAGGCAGCUUUACCUGCCCCGAGGUACCUUGGGCUGGGGGUGCUGCGCUGGGCAGAGUGGGUCCCCCAGUGGUCAAGGAGCCGAGAGAGGCAGGCGAUGUAUCUGGAGGCAUCGCGAAACCUGCUGAAGAGUUUCUUUCCUAACUGGACCCCGGAGGAGGUGGAAAAGUGGUCACAGGUGGACUUCGAGGCAGCAGCCCAGUCAGUAAUGACGGAAACUCUACGGGAGGUCAAAAGGUUAAGGCCCAAAGCAUUAUGGGGCGUCUCCCCUUACCCCAGCUGUUACAAUGGCGAUCCCGCCCAAACCAUGUUGGCUAAUUACACCGGCCAGUGCCCUGCUACGGAGAUGGCCCUCAACGAUGAGCUUCUGUGGCUAUGGAAACGAUGCUCCGCCCUUUACCCUCUCCUCACCCUGGAGAAGCUGCAGAGUGGGAGCUCUGGAGCCAGUCUUUACUUGUCCAGUCAAAUCAGAGAAGCACUACGAGUAUCAUCCCUGACUGGGUCUGUGUCGGAUCUUCCUGUAUUCCCAUUGGUCAAGAGCGUCUAUGCCUCAACUAACACUUUCCUGUCACAGGCAGACCUGGUUAGCACCAUAGGAGAGAGUGCUGCCAUGGGAACAGCCGGAGUUGUCAUCUGGGAGAAGAGUGAGACUAAGACGGAGAGAGAGUGUCAAGACCUGGCAGAGUUUGUCCGCAAGGUCCUGGGACCCUACUCCAUCAACGUAACCAUGGCAACUCGCCUCUGCUCAGCCUCUCUCUGCCAGGGAAAGGGCCGAUGCGUCCGUCAAAAUCCAGAGAGCUCCGUCUACCUCCACCUCCCACUGCCAUCCGAGGUGGUGGAGAAGGUGACGGAAAAGGAAGAGGCAGCAAAAGCCACAGAUGAGCCGGACACAAACACUAAACCGGCUGAACCGGACCCAGCUGAGAUCUGGAAGAAGGACUUCCAAUGCCAGUGGUACAAGACUGCAGACGGGGACGUCUCAGACCAGCAGUCUCCCAAAGACGGAGCAUCUGUUGGGGGUACAUUAAAGGAAAAUACUGGUGAUGUAUUGGGGACUACAGCAACUUCUACAACUAAAGGUGCCUCUGUGAUCGAGUUGAGAGGAAGCGGUUCACCUGGUACCAGAAGCCCAACGCCUUUACUUGAAGUAACUACAGGUGGUGGAACAAAUUCACUGAGUGCCCCAAACCUCUACGUUCUGCUGUUGCUGGUGGCUGGAAGUCUUUGCCUGGAACCUUAA